AUGGUGUGGUCUACGAGCAAGCAACAAGGAGGAGAUCAAGAAGAACCCAAGCAGCACAAAAUGGUAAAAGAGGUGAAGAAGAGUGAGACACCCAUCUUCACGUAUCAGCUCCCCUUCCAUUCUCUUUCCCUUAACAAAGUCAAGAACAUCGAGGUCGACCGCUUGAGGCUGUCCUUCACGACGGCGAAAAACUCUACGCUGGUCCCCGUUGAUUCCGGUUCUGAUGAAGAGAGUGACGAAGAUCAAGGCUGUUCGGACAUCGACGACACUGUAAACAGUAUAGGUGGACAAAUGACCGUCGAUAAGCCUAUGGACGAAGGGUUAGAUCGCAUCUGUAGUGGUCUGCAUGCUAUUCCCAGGAAAAAUAAAGCAAGAUCGGCCAAGAAAAGAUCCCAUAAGCUCAGCUCUAGGAAGUUCUACAAAAUAUUCAGCUGA